GUGGAAUAUUAAAUCAUUUUAUUGCCGCUCGUGCUGGGUUGCGUGAAAACAUUUAUUCUUGCCGGAGGUUGUUAAAGGGAGAGUUUUGUUGCCCGACUGUCGCAAUAUAAUUGCUGAAUGUAGAUCAGAGCCGAUGCAAAUUUACCAGGAGUGGCCUCACAGUUGUGGUCGAGCGAGGCCGACGGUUCAUGUCCAUCCAGGCAGAAAAUGCGAAAAUGAGCUUUCGCAGCAAGGAGCCAUACAACUUUCUGCGCACAAAAUCCAAGAAGAGUAAGUCAGAAAAGUCGUCUGAGGCGAAGCAAUGCUCGAGCAGCGAGAACAGCAAGUCCUCAAAGGCAGACUUCAUGGACCACGACUUUGCUCUCUACGGGAGGUCAGGGCGCAGGAACACGCUGCCCAAUCUGUUCCCGGAGGGCGAGAAUCUACAGUCGAUGAUGGCGAAGGGCAAGCAGAAGUCCCAAGAGGAUUUGACGCUGCCAGCCAUCGGCAAAGGAAGCAAAGAUGAGCAGCCGCUACCUUUCUUGGACUCGCUGAUUAAGAGAAAAAACAAAUUGCGACAGAGUUUCCACGGCACUCUCUCCUCCACUUUGCCGUCAUCGAAUAAAUUACUCAUGCGCCACGGCACCUCCGGCAAGAAUAAAAAAGGGUCAUCAAGCAGCUCGCAGCCGUCCUCUUGUGAAAAUUCUCCAUUUAUGAAAAGAGUUGAGUCAACUGGACGUUUUCGCCGUAAAGACGCAGAGAGUUCGUUGGAUAGCAACCCAAGCCUUCCUUCAACCCCUAAUACAGAAACGGUCGAGACGGCAAGUAUUUCAAAAAGCAUGACAGAUGAGGCAAGUGACGAGCCAGGUGGGGCUACCAUGGAAGGAUUGGCCAGACAAGCGCUCCUCGCAGCUAGAGUGUUCCAUUUGAUCCCUGUUGAAAAGGCCAGGGAAAGAAAUUUUCUGCAAGGUCGUAUUGCGUCAGUUUCAUUAAUGGGAAAGCUCGAGUUGGAUAAGGUGCUACCUCAAAGAGAAUUGUCUAUAUUUAUUGCUACCUGGAAUAUGAAUGGCCAACAACCACCAAAGGACCUGAACGAUUUGUUCCUACCUGCUGACCUAGAGCAUGUCCCUGACAUCUUAGUAGUUGGCACUCAAGAGUCAUACCCGGACAGAACUGAGUGGGAGGUUCAGAUUCAGGAAACGCUCGGCCCUUCACACGUUCUGUUCCACUCAGCAGUUUUUGGUGUUUUGCACAUAUGCAUUUUUAUGCGUCGUGACCUGAUCUGGUUCUGCUCCAUUCCCGAAGAAGCAAACGUCAGUACAAGAACUGCCGCUGCAUUUAGAACCAAAGGUGCUGUGGCUAUUGGCUUCAUGUUAUUUGGCACAUCCUGCUUGUUUAUUUGCUCUCACCUUACUGCACACGCUGACAAAGUGAAGGAACGCGUACAUGACGCCAGACGCAUCAUCGGCUCCCUUGAGCUGCCUAAAGCGCUGCCCCUUAGGACAAAGAGCAAGGACGCCACGCAAAACUACGAUUACGUGAUCUGGAGUGGCGACCUGAAUUUUAGACUAGACCAGAGUCGCGAGGAUGUGGUGCAGUGGGCAUGCAAUGAUCAAGCAUUUCCAGCUGAGGUGCCUUUAAUUUUAAAUGGCGACCAACUGCGACAAGUGAUGGAAGAAGGUUCAGCUUUCAAUGAUUUCCAAGAGGGACCCAUCCAUUUUCCACCAACCUACAAAUACGACCCAGGCACCGAUCACUUUGAUACAUCCAGCAAGAGGCGUACUCCCGCGUACACGGACCGCAUCUUGUUCCGCUCAAGACUCAUGCACGAACUCAAAUGCAAGAUGUACAGCUCUGCACAUCAGGUGCUCACAUCAGACCACAAGCCAGUCUGGGCUCUCUUCAGUGCCAAAAUUCGUCCAGGAAAAGACUCGGUACCACUGGCUGGAGGACAAUUUAAUCGAGAGGUUUACAUGGAGGGAAUGAAGAGAAGAGCUGCUGCCAUGGAGCGGCGCAAGGGUUCCUCUCUGAUCUGCUCUGUGCAGUAGAAAACACAAAAUGCCAAAGCUUCUAUAUUCAAUGGUUCCCUUCUUUUAACCUGGGUAUUAGUCUAGUCAGCAUUUUAAUUUCAGUGAUUAUAUGUGACAUAUCAUAUUGGGGACGUUUAGUUGUUGGCAGCGAAUUUACUCAAUAUUAGCCCGGUUAGCCUGUUGAAAUCCCUUGGAUAUUAGGUGUUAAAGCUUGAUAGUGUUCAACCCUAUGGUAUUAAGAUGGUUACAAAGCCAAAAUAGUAUUUUUUGUAGAGACCUUUCAAAGAAAUUUUGUGUUCACCCUCAAGCCACGUCAUUUUUAUGAGGUCCUCGAUCUGUUUGGAGCAGCUGAUUGCCUCAUGGAUGGGUGCUUAAAAGGACUUAAAACCUGAUGAAUUGAUCCCAAAUUCAAGGAUAUUUUGAUGUUUAAUGUCAUAUAUUGAUGUUAAGAGUUUAUACUGUCACAUAACUGUGAAAAUGUUACCCUAUUUUAAUAUCUGACUUUAAGCCCAAAUGCCUUGACUAAACAAGUAGAUAUGAUUGUGAUUGGAAUUUGAUGGAUCGGUAAGGAUUAGCCUGAGCAUAUUGUAACACGAAUCUCAAAUCAACCCUCAUAAUCAUUAAAACAAAAUAAAUUUAUUCAAUGUGCUUGUUUGAUGCACUGUUCUUGUUGUGUGCUGCACUCUGGAAGUUUGUAUUAACAAGGGCCCCUCUACAGCCGCUGCCUUGUUCACUUUCACGUGCAAGUUCUACUAUCUAGAAGCUAUUAUUUUACCUUUGUGUUCCCACGCCUAAGUUCUGUUCUUAUUUGAUGUGGUUCACUCACUAACACGUUUCAGAUUCUAGUCUUGGGAUUGUUGUUUUGUUUCAUACUACGCACAAUGAUUCAGAUGGUAAAUAACAAUAAAAUGUGUUGGUUAAUAUGCGUACAAAA